GAAGGAAUUCUGAUUUUGCGGGAGACAUGCGUUCCAUCAGGAAGAGGUGGACUAUCUGCACGAUAAGUAUCCUCCUGAUCUUUUACAAGACAAAAGAGAUCGCAAGAACGGAGGGGCACCCGGAGGCGCAACCCAACGGAGAUGGUGAGCAAAGUUUAAGUAGAUCAAUGGUCAAUAGUUCCGAUAAAAUAAGCCGGAAGAGUGGCUCUUCAGUGUUCCAGCAUUCUGUAGAAAGAUGGAAAAUCAAUUCCUCCUUGGUGUUGGAAAUAAGGAAGAAUAUUCUUCGAUUCUUGGAUGCCGAAAGAGACAUCUCAGUCGUCAAAAGCAGUUUCAAGCCCGGAGAUGUAAUCCACUAUGUGUUAGACAGACGCCGUACACUAAAUAUUUCUCAGGAUUUGCAUAGCCUCCUUCCUGAAGUUUCUCCAAUGAAGAAUCGUCGAUUUAAGACAUGUUCUGUUGUAGGAAAUUCUGGCAUCCUUCUGGAUAGUGGGUGUGGAAAAGAGAUUGACAACCAUGAGUUUGUUAUAAGGUGCAAUCUAGCUCCUGUGGUGGAGUUUGCUGCAGACGUGGGAACUAAAUCAGAUUUUAUUACCAUGAACCCAUCAGUUGUACAAAAAGCAUUUGGAGGCUUUCGGAAUGAGAGUGACAGAGAAAAAUUUGUGCAUAGACUAUCUAUGCUGAAUGACAGUGUCCUUUGGAUCCCUGCUUUCAUGGUCAAAGGCGGAGAGAAGCAUGUGGAGUGGGUUAAUGCAUUAAUCCUUAAGAAUAAAUUGAAAGUGCGAACUGCCUAUCCAUCACUGAGACUUAUUCAUGCUGUCAGAGGUUACUGGCUAACCAACAAAGUUUACAUCAAGCGACCCAGCACAGGACUCCUUAUGUAUACCCUCGCAACGAGGUUCUGUGAUGAAAUUCACCUUUACGGAUUCUGGCCCUUCCCAAAGGAUAUAAAUGGAAAACCAGUCAAAUAUCAUUAUUAUGAUGACUUAAAGUACAGAUACUUUUCAAACGCCAGUCCCCAUAGGAUGCCAUUAGAGUUUAAAACACUGAACAUGUUACAUAAUAGAGGAGCACUUAAAUUGACCACAGGGAAAUGUAUACAGCAAUAAUGCACGAGUCAAGUAUCAAGAGAAAUACAGGAAAUUCAGAUUUUAUAGAACCACAGUGGGAUCCAAGCAGUGGAUAUAGCCCAGUGCACUAUACCAAGCCAUCCAAACAUAAGGAAGUACAUCAAGUCUCUAUUACCAGCUGAUGUUUUACCUGUUGAAGUGCUAAAUAAAUAUUGAGUGGAUUGGUUCAAGUAAGUGCCACUUUUGCUAAAAAGAAAUCUUGAAUGUAUACAAUCAGUAGUGUUUACAAGAUCCAACAAUGCAUUCAUCACUUGUUAAAGAAGCAAAUUAUUUGCUCGCUGCUCAUUUGCCUCCGCACAAAGUCAGGCAAUGUCCAAAGGAAUAACCUGGCAUUGAAAUGAAGUGAAAGGAAU